CAACCACAAGGACAACAUUGUCUACUGGGACACACAGUGCAGGAAUUCCCAAAUUCGUUACUCCGCUCAUAUCUUCCACGACUUGCACACGAACGAACGGGCCCCGAGUCGCAACUUGCCCGUCUCUAGGGCUAUAUCGAGGCAAAAGACGAAUUGGAAUUGGAACGAUUGGAGGGAGCAACACCCACAUCACGCACAUUCAAGAAUCAUCUCUCUAAUCGGUGGUGGAAGAUACAGAACGAGGGGACCUACAUCCAUCCACGCCACGAAUAAUCCGAGAUUUCGAAACGCUCCCUUUUUUGCUCCAAGAAGAAACUUGAAAGAGAUUUGGCACUCGGGCAUUCAGAAGACCCUGAAGCUUCAAUUCAACUUUUUCAACCAACCAAGUUUCUCACCGGUACAACCACUGUCAACAUACCACAGCAUACUAUACAACCCUGAACAAUGGCACCUACUACACUCGGCGUCGCACCAGGAGAACCCAAAGAAUCGCCCAAACCACAACCAAUCGGCAACCAACCUCUCAUCUUCCUAAUCACAACAUGUACACUCUGUGGGCUCUUUCUAUUAUGGAGAAAAGCAGAGGCAGUUCGGAGGGUUGUUUCUCAUAGAUUGAAAACAUUCAGGAGACCAGAAGGCCAGAUCCGACUAAGCGAAGACGAUGGACCAUCCGCAACGCUCUUCCUGGGCGACGACUUUGACGACGACAACGCACACAUCGACGCUAGCGAUACCGAUACUCUUUCUGAGCAAAUGAGACGUGCUACACAAGCAUGGAGAGAACCCAAUAUCCUCCACCUCAUCGAAUCUGAACCGAACACCCCGAUACCUGCGCAACUGCAGCCGCAAGCUAGGGAACCUGCGGAACUGCAACCGCUUUCGACAACCUCACCAGCGCCCGCGCCAACGUCAACGGCGAAUCCAACCCCUAUACCCAGCAACAUGGCCUCUACAGCUCCACCAUCUUGA